CCCUUUGAAGUGAACAACAAGAUCAAGGUUCCUCAUGACGCAGAGGAGCUGGUGGGAAAAGCCGUGGAGCAUCUGUUUGAGAAGGAGGACGGAGAGAAGAACGAGUGGAGGGGAAUGGUCCUGUCCCGAGCACCCAUCAUGACCAACUGGUACUACAUCACAUAUGAGAAGGACCCCGUGCUCUACAUGUACCAGCUCUGGGACGACUACAAAGACGGAGACCUCCGGAUUUUACCUGAAGCGGAGAAUAAACACCUGCUGCCUGCAGACAGGAAGCCUGGUGAGGAAACAGAGAGCCUUGUGGGUAAGCAGGUGGAGUAUGUGACGGAUAAAGGCGUGAAGAGAACAGGCCUCGUCAUCUACCAAGUUCCCGCCAAGCCGUCUGUCUACUACAUCAAAUAUGAUGACGAUUUCCACAUCCACGUGUACGACCUGGUCAAGACCACCUAAAAAAACAGACAAAACAAAGAAACCCGAAACAAACCCACACUGCUACACCUCCUCAUAGCUUAAGCAUCAUCACCUCUCAUUGUACAGUCUGCCAUGCCUCGCUGUGAGGGGUUGGCCGCUGAGGUGUUGUAUGAAGCGUCCGUGUACAGGGUUUAUUUUGUGUUGAUGUCACAGCUUAGGGAGACGAUUUUUACAAUUGUCAUAUCAAAACAUUGUAUUUAUACGUGUGCGUUGGGCAUCAUUUGGUAUGUUUAUAAUCCCAUGGAAUAGCUUCCAUUCACCCGUAAACCCCGCAAAAGGUUGCAUUUUCAUAUGUACGAAUGUUCAAGGAGUUUCUUGGUUUUGAAUUGUAAAUAGUUCUGACCGCAGGUCCAAAAAAAAGUUGCGUCAGAGAGACAUUUGAUUACAAAUCAAACAGUGAGACUCUUUAACUGACUUAUUUAUUGAAUUAAUACGCUUCGUAACCCAGAAAUGCUGUUGAAACCUUUUGAGUUGGCGUUAUGCGAUGCAUAUUUUGGCUCUUUUAGUUGCGUUUUCCCUCACAUCUGCAAUGAAACAAAAGUGUUUCAGCUUUCCGCCAUCUUCAAAAGGUGGUUAAUGAUUUUAAAAGCGAGAAUCCGGUCAGUAAAGGCACCAUGCUAGGACUCCAUCUUAUUUUGAACAGAUAUAGCAUAGAGGAAGCACGAUUGGCGGUUUUUGAAAUGGUUUUCUAUAAAGAUUUAUCCUCAGAGGAAUAUUGAAUACAGAAGUCCAGACACUGAGCGACAUGAGUGUCAUUGAAGAGGGUCGCCCGUUUUGUCCUGUCUGAGAUCAUUUGUGCUUUAUUAUUUUGUUCUAAACACCAAACCAACCAGCUGCGAUUUUGAAUGUCAAGCAUAGUCUCCUUUUGAUUGUAGUAAAGAUGACCAAUGCGAUUUUAAUUGCUCAACAAUAUCUAUCAUUUAUUGGAAAAAGAAGAGUUUUUGUUAUGUAGCCCAGUUGAUUUGAAGUUUAGUAGGCCUCGGUUUAAAAAAA